AUGAAGGCCCGGCGGUGCGGUUUUGCAGACAUUAAACGAAAGUUUCCCCGUGUGCUUGACAUCGGUGCAAACGCCUGCAAUAUUGCUCAAGCCCUCACAAGCUCGACUGAUGCCUCCGCUGAACCCUUACACACCCGCAUUUCCCACCUCACCUCCGCUGAUGUCUCGACAACUCUCCUCCACCGAGACCAGUAUCAUGAAUUCAACUCUCGCCUUCCGUCUCAUGAGCGCGUCGCUUUACCACUCCAAGACCAAACCAUCCCUUUCGCCUCGCAAUCUUUCGACGCCGCCCUUUCCUCCCUCAGCAUGCACUGGAUCAAUGACCUACCAGGCUAUCUGAAUCAAAUCGCUCGGAUCCUGAAACCUGAUUCGCCCUUUAUGGCUGCUAUGCUAGGUGGAGAUUCGCUCUUCGAGCUCCGCACAUCCCUCCAACUCUCCGAUCUCGAGCGCCGUGGCGGCGUCAGUACGCACGUUUCUCCCCUAGCAGACGUGCGAGACAUGGGCGGGUUGCUCACGCGAGCGGGAUUCAAAAUGCUGACAGUGGACGUCGACGACAUCAUUAUCGAAUAUCCGUCUACAUUUGCGUUGAUGAUGGAUCUACAGGCAAUGGGCGAGUCGAAUGCGGCACUGACGAGGGAGAUGGCGGGUUUGAGGAAAGAGGUGCUCUUGGCCAAUGACGCGAUCUAUAGGGAGUUGCACGCUGAGGGUAAGGAGGAAUUGCCGGCUACCUUCAGAAUCAUAUACAUCAUUGGAUGGACGCCUGGAGAGGGUCAGCCAGAGCCGGAAAAGAGAGGGAGUGGGCAGAUCAAUUUGGCGGAUGUGCUUGGAAAAGGAGGGUCUCCUGGAGAGGAGGGCAAAAUAUGA